UCCCAGAGAAACUCACUACUCUCGCCGUCUCACUCCGAAAAACAAAAUACAGCCAUGAACAAAAACACUUCACGUCCUCUUUUCCUUCUCCCUCUUCUCCUUUUAUUUAACCUCCGUUUAGUCUCAGCCCUUAAUCUCAACGCAAUGUCAUCCGUUGAUUUCAUCCCCAGCCCCAGCCCCGGCUCCCAACCACUAACCAACGGUUCAGAUUUCAUCCGCUCCAGCUGCAAAUGCACUACCUACUCCGACCUCUGCUACGACACCUUGAAACCCUACUCUAGAUCCGUCAACGGGGACCUAGCAAAGCUGUCCAUUGUCGCCAUCGGCGUCAGCUUGGAGAAGGUGAAAACGAUGGCUUCCUACUUGGCCAACCUCAGCCGCGAUGCUGACCACAAGUACGAUCCCAGAAUGGCACAGUCUCUCCAACUCUGUCUCGAUUUAAUUGGUGGAGAUGAUGGCGCUGUGGACGAUAUCCAGAGAUCGCUGAAACAGAUGCGCGAACUGGGCGCGGCCGGGAGCUCCAAGGAAAGGCUCCGGUAUUUGUUGUUUAAUGUGGAGAAUUGGAUUACCGGUGCGUCCAUUAAUCAUUCUGGUUGUCAGGACAGCUUCGAUGAUGUGGCGGAUGGACCGCUGAAGGAGGAUGUCAUCGCUAGGGCUGAGUAUGUGAAAAAAUUUACUACCAUUGCACUUGGUUUGGUUGAAUGUUACAGUGACAAAGUAACAAGUUGAUGUUGGAGACUUAAUAAUUUUAGAUUAUGAACAUUAAAAUUAUAAAUAAAGAAUGAAAAACAAUAAAUGAGUCUAUCAAUCA